AUCAUGCAAGCGGUGGAUCUAUCCCCCGUUGGUUCCGGCGGUGCGUCCGCGCUGUGGCACAGGAGGUCCAAACCUCUGGGGAAGGUCAAGCGGCGGGUGCAAGACCUCCGCACCCCUACCCCCUCUUACAUCAAAGUCACAGCCAACGAACCGAGGCCGGACCUGAGCCACAAUGAAGCCGCCCGGCUGGCGAUGGACUCCCUGCUCAACGAAGGCAUGGAGGGGUACAAGGAGGUGUUGAGCGCAGAGGGAGAGGUGGACUUUCUGUCCAAGCUGGAGAAGACUUACAUCAUGGAAAACGGGAUGGAUAACAGCACGGGUGAGAAUUUAACUUGUGUCAACUGGAAAAUGAUUUUUUUCACUGUUAAACUUUUACUUAAUGAGAGUUUUUUUUUUUUUUUGUCUUUUGCGCAGCCGAACCUGAUGCAUCUGCAGACAAAGAGCCGGAGAGCUCAUCUGCUGGCAGCCACACAACCUCACAACGUCCCACACUGUCCACGCAAAGUGAACUCACCGUGGCAGAUAUGAACCCCAGCCGGCAAAGAGGUAAACCAGGAGUCUCUGAAACUUUCCCUUUCGAACUCUAAGUUUCCCUUUCCAUUUCUAAACGUGUUUUUUGUGUCCGUGUCAGGUGUCACCAAGUCUGAUCCCACACUCGGUGGGUUCAGAAUCUACUUCCAGUGUGACAGCAGAGCCUGUGGGAUGAAAGACGUGGUCAGAGAGCUCAUCAGAAAGGCCGAAACGGUAGGCGUGUGUGCCCAUGUGUUCCCCCAUGCAUCUGCACGUGUAUAUAAAACCCUGACAUGCCCGUGCAUGCAAGAGAUUAUAGAGAAGUUGGCUGUGAUAAUCAAACAAGCUCUGAUAUAUAAGGAAUCAGACUGAGGAGGGUGAGUGAGCAAAGGGGCUGUAUUGUAAGGGGGACAUAGAGGUAAAAAAAAAAAAGACAUGCAAUAUAUCAUGGGAUUAGGACUGGGCGAUUUGGCCACAGAUGAUCACGAUAUACUUUGUGAUAUCGUCCGAUCUCGAUUGUUAUCCCGAUUUUUUUUUUAAACUGCCAGUUUAAAGCAUUUGUACUUAAAACUAAAAAAUAAAUGGAUAAAUACUUAAUAAGACGUUAAAUAACUUUUCUUCUCAACAAUAACAUCUUUGGAAGGAAAAGCACGACUCUGAUUGGCUGUUGUGAUGCACAUUUUAGCAAUGUUUGAUCUAGUAAAUAAGCUCGCAGCUGAUCGAACUGAAAUUUAUCACGAUCAUUAAUCACGAUCAUUAAUCACGAUCAUAUAAUCGCCCAGUCCUACACAGGAUUCAUUGAAAUAUUGCACAAUGAAGAUUUGCUUUUAGUUUUCAGCAGCAUGUCGGAGACCAUUUCGUAAUCUCCUGAGUUUUCUGUCUCUCCUGCACAUACUGUGAUGGUGAGGUAGUUGGACAACAGCCAGUUCUUGUCUGUCAGAUGAGGCUUUAAAUUUGAAGGAGUGCAAGUGAGGCAUUAAGAGGCUUAGUGAAGGGUUCAUGUUGGCAUAGUUGGGCACAGGUAAAGGGGGGUGGGGGGGUAGAUUUUGCUUCUAACGAUUGAAUAAAAACAAAUGUGAUGCAAGCCAUGUCAUUCCAUGCACAUUGCAAUCUAAAAUACAGGUACAUAGCAUUUAUAUCAGGCUGUAUGAGACAGUGAAAGCACCACCACCCUUGCAUUACAAACUCAAAGCAUAUUUUUGUUUGUUGAUACGUUCAGUUAAAAGCCAAAUAGCCAGUCCAAGAGGAGCAAUUUUAUUCACUGGCAUUGCACAGCUCAGCAGCACAUAACAGACUGCCUGCAGUGUCUGCAGACAGUUCCUGUUUUUACAUUGCCCCCUUGAGCACAGGCUUUGAAUAAUGCCAUCAGUUGGUCUCUGAUUUAGAAGCCCAUUUUUCUUACAAAUAAACCACCAGACGAGCACCUGAGAGGACAUCUGUAUGAUAUUUUAUACUUUUUCAAGAGGGCACUUUAGCAGCAUUUUUCAGACAUGAAGGAGCUGGUAGGGGCUCAUCGUUUUGACUCACACUCCUGAUGACUUGUUUGUGUGCAGGUCCUGGCUAUAGCGAUUGACAGCUUCAGUGACAUGGAGCUGCUGUUCGAUCUCCUGGAAGCGAGUAGGAGGAGAAACGUUUCUGUUUACCUGCUGCUGGAUCAUCUUAACGUCAACGUCUUUGUCAGCAUGUGGCAGAACCUGAAACUGGAGAGCAAGAAUUUCCCUGUGAGUCUCUUCAUCUUCUUCAUCAUACCUUUAUAACUUCUUUACUGUACAUUGAAAGCACUGUGUCGUCUAAUCAAUCUCAUCAGACAUUCAAAAACUCGAUCUGAUUAAAUAUGUGUGAAAGUAGCGGUCCAAACCCAGAGGCCAAAAACAGUAGACAGCUUACAGUGUAUGUGCAGCUUAAAAUAAGUAAGACUAAAAAUAAUCAUGAAUAAGUAAAGAGCACCGGUUUAGCUCGAUAUAGAUGAAUCAAAGCUUGACAUGGCACGCUUUAUGGGAGCCAGAGAUCUGUAUCUGCGGCCUGAAGGAAUGUGGCUCCAACUCCUGUUCCAGCUGUGAUCCUGCCAGCUAUUAUGUUAAAAGAUACGAUGAUGUAAUAAAUCACAUGUAUAUAAAAACUACAAGUACAGAUUUAUGGACCUCCAUUUAUAGAGUUGUCUGAGGGAGGAGAAGCCCAGCUGAUAUAGUUUGGGAUUGUUUCACUGUUCGCUUUGAAUUUCAGGUUGUUAUUGAAGAGUCUGAACCGUUUUGUGUGUUGACUUUAAGUAGGGUUGGGCAUUUCUAGUAAAAACACUUUUCAGCUGCAGUCUCUGGGAAUUUGUCAACAAUUGUUUAAGUCGUCUCCCUCCUCCUGCUGGGCGCCUCGACUCACGAUGUGUUAGUAAUAUGUUACAUCACAGUUUCACAUGCUUGUGUGUAUUAUCUCAAAGGAGUUUCCCAUUGAACUCUUUGACAAUAAGGAAAUCCUGGCAUUUUUCUGUGGUUCUGAACUUUACAGCAGCACAGCCCUGCAGCUGGCACGAAAAGCUUUCUUCUUCUUCUUCUUCUUUUGUUAUCGGUUUUUAUGAGGCUGUUGUACUACAUAACAGCCCAUCCCUGGUUAAACUGGGAGAAGGUAAAUGAGUCUAAGAUGAGGUAAUGCUCACAUAAACUGUAAGAUUAUUUCAAUAUCUACUUAUGGAAUAUUUGAAAACCACGACCUGCCCACAACUACAAUGUGUGCAAGUGUCAGCGUUAGUUACACUAUUAUUGUUAUAAUGAACAGGACAAAGUUUUCUGUUAAAAUAAAGCACACACACACACAUCUAUAACAAAGGAUUAGGGUCACACAAAGAGAAAAAUAAAUUAGCACAGGAAGGAUAUUAAAGUCGAAAUUUCAAGAUUAAAAAAAUCAAAACUAUGUCAAAGUCAAAAUUUUAAGAUUAAAAAUUGAAAUUUUAGAUGAAAGUCGAAAUUUCGAAAUUUACAAAAUGUUGAAACGUCGUGAAUAAUGUUGAAAUUUCAAGAUCAAAAAAAAAUUUAUUUUGAUAUUAAAGACAAAAUUUUGACUUUUUUACAUUUUGACUUCAAUCUCUAAAUGGAAAUUAAAAAAAUCUCCUUCCUAUAAUUAUUUUUUCCUCUUCUUGUGGCCCCACCACUGUAAUGCUCACUAUCAAAUCUAUUUUGAUUGUAUUUUCCCCGGUUUCGAAGUCUUGUAUUUGCGGCUGCAGUCUCCAGCUACUUGCACAUUCCUGUGGUUUCUUCAAAGCUUCCUGUCAACAAAGCUGUGUUUAUUUUUCAUGCUCCUGUUGACUUUAUCCUGCCUGUUUGUCGGUGCAGAAAAUAUCCGUCCGCAGUGUUGGAGGAGAGACCUACUGUGCCAAGACGGGCCAUAAACUGACCGGUCAGAUGGCUGAGAGUUUUGUCAUAGCUGACUGGAGAGAGGUGCUGACGGGCUCAUUCAGGUACGCACACCUACACACACACACACACACACACACACACACACACACACACACACACACAGUUAAGCCGCAUCCAACGCACUCAUAGUCUGAUGAGUUUCAGUUUUAUCUUCUCUGUCUAGUUCACGGCUCCUGUAAUGAAACUCAGUUGUGUGUGUUUGGUUUCCUCAGUUUCUCCUGGCUGUCGUGGCACGUGUAUCGCAGUCUGGUUGUUCUUCUGAAGGGCAGAAUGGCUGAAAGUUUCCAUCAAGAGUUCCUGAGGCUGUACGCCAGCUCCGAACCAGUCCCCGGCUUUGUCGACUGCAUGUCCCUGACUUGUGAGCGCACUCUCUACACGGCAGUACAGUCAACUCAGGACAGUAAGGCUGCUGCCAAAACAAUGGACCAGGAUGAUAUGAUCACAGAUGCUUACGAAAUGGAGAUGCAACUACAAGAGGCAGAAUUAGCUAAAAUGCGAAGCCUAGAGUUAGAGCGCAGUAAAAGUGACACCCAGCCUCCACAGAAGACAGAAACCGGUGCACAGGUGCCCGAAAAACCUGCACAAACAGACGCAGAACCUCAGACUCAAGAGCUGCAGAGUGCCCCUGUGGAGAAGCCAGAGAACACAGGAGGAGAUGUUUGCACGCCGUGUGCUGCAGAAACAAAUGUAGAACCUGAGGAGGAACAAGAACAAAACAAGAAACAGGAGGCAAAUGCUCAGCCACAGCCUAACAGCUGCACUGUUACCACUGAAGAUGACAGCGAUGUGAAGACUGAGGAUUCAAACCCACAGCAAACUGCAGAGAGUCAGAGCCAGGAUACCUUGAAGCAAUCAAGUCCAAAGCCAACUUUAAAUAUUAACCUCCAAAAUGUGGAUACUGAGGGUGUCUCCUCUCAGCAGAAGAAUAGAGAGAGACUGACAAGUCCAUCUUCUGGGAUUCCUUCAGGUUUAAACACCCAAAGACGACACUGGAUGACACAAGAAUUCAAACCAAACAUGGACUUUGUGCCUGAUCAUUCCAAGCCCUUAUCACCAGGUACAGGCAAAACCUGGUUCUCACAGCCCCAGCAGGCGAUGCCUUCUACCAGACUGAACUGGAUGCCCCAGAAUCACAGACCCGCUGCUCGUCAAAACUCCUUUGAGUCUGUUUACAGGACGGGACAGAACACAAUGGCACAGAUGGGCUGGAGGCCCUUUCACACAAUGUAUUCAGGAUUACAAAGGAGCAGAAGCAUAAACGAAAAAGGAUACUAAAGAGCAGGUCAUAACCAAAGCAUGAGUUGAACCUGACAGAAAUAACCAGACAAGGGUAAAACAAAAUUAUUCACCUUCAUGUGCUCGACGCAAAAAAACAUACAGCUCAGAUUCACGUGUUGUAGUCACCUGUACAUGUGAGGUUUGCUUUUCUCCUUACCUAUGUCUAUAAAAUUGUGAGUUCACAGGUGUGAACAAAUUUAGCAGCAUGUGUUGAAAGAAUCAUAUCAUAAACAUGACAAAGCCACACCCUUACCUCAUAAAAGUCAGCCUCCUCACUGAUGAGCUUCUUGAGAGAACAGAGAAAGAGUUCAGUUUCAUUUUUUCUGUCAGGCUUGUUAAAGUAGCUUUCGCUGCCGUUCUUGUAAGACUGGAUUGCCAAAUUUUGCUGGAGGAGUUCUUUGCACUGAUAGACAAGCAGGUGAGUCACAAACUAGUUGAAAAUGGCUCAAGGGGCAAAUUAAAGGCUAUGAGAUUUUUUUAUUUUGUACUGUAGCAUCUCUGUACAGAACGUUUUGCAUUUAC